AAUAGAACUUCUCUUCACAGUGAUCGGAGGUGAGCAGGUGAACACGGUUAAGUGACCGCAUAUGCCGAACUAUGGGGCUGAGUACGUUACUAUACUAUUUGAGAUAGUUAUAAGAUUGAUAGAUUCAAGGAGAGGAUUUUUAAGGAAUGCGACGGUUCAUGUUUUGUGUCACACCAGUUUACUGAUCUCACUGCUACAUAGUAAGCUGAGCUUUUUUUUGGGAUGGUGCUCCCGCACGAGUGUGAAGUCUUGAGCGGGAGAUCAGAAAGUGUGCUGAACUCUGAAUCCGAAAUAGAGUUAGAUCGAGGAAGAGUAUUCUCUCCGAUAGCAGAGUUUGCUGUCUCUAUUCGUUCUAUGAGCGCAAAUAGAUGUGCAGAGUUGGAUGUUAGUUCCCUUCCUAAAUUAGAAACCCAAUCACCCGAUGCGCGUGCUUCUAACACUAGCACAAAUCUCAUUGCUCUACCGUUCAGUAAUAAUUCUGCUGCAUUCAAUGACUUCCUGAGAUGCCCUGGCUUGCAAGCCCAAAUUGAUAUCGAUGAUUGCAGGAGUACAAAUAUAUGUCCCACUGAUUGGGAAGCAAAUCAGUUGGCACAUAAGUCCAAUGAAAUUACGCUCACGACGAAGGAAGACGAUAACAAAAAGGUGCUUCUAAGUAGUCACAACGUUCCAGAAUCUGAAGAGAAUAUCUGCGUGAAUACUGAUACCAAGGAUGUUGAUAUAUCUGGACCACUUGGGCACAUUUCUAGUACGAGCAUACGUGGGAAGGGGUUCUUGGCUUGUUGGCGAGAGAUGCGAGAGACUGCAAAAUGUACGGAAUCACAGUUCAAAACUAUCGGUACAGGCGUGUAUGCUAUAGCUAUGCUGGCUGCGAUAUUCUUAAACUCUCCGCUAUUGCUCGUUGGGAAUAACCUCGUGGAAGUUGCUACGGGGGUGGAAUUGGCGGUCGUAGCGACCCUAUGUAGUAUUUGUAUGGUGACCACAGCAGCACUGUCAGGCUAUAUACUCUACCGGCGUAAAAAUAGUCUAUGUAGGUGUCGCGGUAGGCUCUUCAUGGUAUACGCGCUUGUGGCGUCUUUAUCAAUAGUCCUGGCUUUCGCAGUAUUAUAUGCGGAUUUGAUCGGAGUUAUCGAUUAUAGUUGGGGUGGACCUCUCCUGGUCAUGAUGGUACACAUAGGUCUAAACGAACUCUUGUGUGCGUGCGUAGCGCGCCAGAGGAUCGUGUACGUACUGUUUGUUAAGCACAGAUAUGUUAUCAUAUCAACGUCGGAGUAUGUACGAACGAUAGCAGUGUUGCAACUGCCAUGUAUCAUCUCAGUGCCCACACAAUUGUUGAUUUAUCCCACAGUAGGAUCAGAAACCUACCGCGUCGCCUCUGCAGUGGUUAUCGUCAUAUCCUUAGUGUUAUACUCUUUUAUCCUUGCGUAUUACACCUACAUGUGUCGAAACGUGAGCUUGUCCUUUUCGGACUGGAGGGUGUACGCUCGCUUUUGCACAACAAUACUGGUGACGGCUGCUGUGAUUCUGACGUUAGGCUUGGUCGACUUGAAAACCGGAAAUCAGUUACAUAGGCCUGCGCUUAUCUUGUUCUGCGUAUUAGUGGCCAUAGAAGUCUUCUUCGUAGAUCUUUUCUUUCUGAUAGCAUACAUCGCUGAUAAGAGCUACUCCACAGAUACGCUUUUAGACCCCAAACGCACUUUUUCUGGUACACAACGGACCAGCACUGGCGGUGAUAUUGUAGCAAGUAUUCUAGCAUCUCACGGCAGUAGGUCCAUGGCUGUGCCGAUAUCUUCCGGCAACGCACGUACCCUUAGAAACAGCAGCGUGUGUGCUCGCAAUGUGACGUUGGCGUGUAGCUUGCUCGGUCUUGAAGAUUUGAACAACACCACGCUAGCUUCAGCUUUGGAGGUUGCACUGAGUGCGAACGAGCAUUUUGUCGAUGCUGCGGAGCGUUCAGACCACAGAGGGGAAAGUAGUUCGGAACGACGAAGGCAUGGUGGGUUCGUGGACCCGGAUUCCUUGGAUCAAAACACAAACAGGUUACGGACUAACUGUGAGGCGUCGGCACGAAUUAAUGAUAGUAUCAAUGAGAGGGUAAAAGGAUCUGAGAGCUUGGGUAGUAUGGAUGAUUGUGAAGAUAUUAAAAUGGCUGAAGUGAAACCGAAAGCACCUAGAAGUACUGCUAAGAAGGAUCAUGCUAGACAGACGGGGAGGAAGGCGGAUGUGCACGACCUUGGCGAACACACUGCCACGAGUUCGCGCGAGCACAAUAAGAAUGUGCUGUUAUCACUCGGUUUAUUGUCGCCCCGUCCGGAUUAAAAUGACUUCGAAAAGUUUUCGAGUCGUGGCGUUAAGUUUAGAACGUGUAGUGACUACCCUGUUUCAUGAAUCCUGUAGCAUGACUAAACACGGCACCACAAAACGAGCCUCAUUCUAUCGCGAUAGUUAAAUUUCAACAAAUAUGCAUCGUAUAAUAUGAAGUUGUCUGGAAAAUUCUCCCUAUCAACGGUAUUGAGCUAUAUUCGCAAUGCGAGUGACGCAUCAACGCUCGUUUUCGGCGUGAAUACCAUCCUUUUGAUUUUGGUAGCAAUGGCAUCAGUGAGAGAAUCUGCACUUGCGAAGAUGGUGGACCAAUUUCGAGACAUCAAGGGUACCGAAACAGACGCCAACAUUGUAAUAUCUUGGAAGUUAGGUAUCUUAUUCUUCAGUAACUACCUUCGAAAAUCGUAAAAGAAGAGCGAGACAAUAUAUUAGGGUGAUCAACUCUCGGCACUGUAGUGUGGUAUACAGGGCCGGUGGCUUGUCUCUCAAAGUUUCUUGAUAAUUUAUUCUCAAGUUGCGCGACAUACUUCAUCAAGGCUAGGUACGAAAUUGUUAUGCCAUCCGCGAGAUAUUUGACAAACCAAUCUUCUUUAUUUCAACUGGCAUACGAGCUGUCCUAUGCAUUCUAUAUUUGAAGCAUACCAGAUAACCAGACGCAUCAAUUUCAAGUGGCGACAACGUCCAAAAUCUUACGCUAACUUUCAGUUUCGUGUUUUUUGACAUCUGGAUUGAGACAAGUGUGCCUGAGAAACGAAAUAAAAGUAUAUCUACACGCCGU